ACGUCACCGUUUUUUCCGGAAGUUAAUGAGCACGUCUUCGUGAACAGACGAGAACAAAACAUGGAGCUCUUUGUAAUUUCACCAAAUUUGAGGGUUACUAACUUAACUGUCUCCCCGGGCUCGACGGUCAGCGAUCUUGUCGAUCAUUUUGCCGUUAAAGAGGGUGUCUCUUUCACGGAUUUCUACGUGAAGAGUAAUGGCCGAAAAUCUCACAGUAAUGACUUGCUUCAGUCUGGAGUUGUGUAUCGUGUGGAGCCUCGGUUAUGUGGAGGCAAAGGAGGAUUCGGCUCUAUGUUGCGGGCCCUCGGUGCACAAAUUGAAAAGACCACUAACCGUGAGGCCUGCAGAGAUCUGAGUGGAAGACGACUGAGAGACGUCAAUCAUGAGAAACAAAUGGCAGAGUGGCUGAAAAAGCAGGCAGAUCGAGAGGCAGAGAAGGAGCAGCGUCGUCUGGAGCGGAUUCAGAGGAAAUUGGCCGAGCCGAAACAUUAUUUUACAGACCCUAAUUAUGAACAGCAGUGCCACGACCUCUCAGAGAGGCUGGAGGACUCUGUACUGAAAGGCAUGCAGGCUUCCUCUAGUGGUCUCGUCAAGGUGGAAGAGAGGCCGAGUCGCAAACGUCCGACACCAACCGACAGCCAAAAGAAAGCAAAGAAGAAAUGUUUCUGGAAUGGCCUUGGAGAACUGGAGGACAUGGGCAGCUCUGGUGAAGAAAGCAAUGACAGUGACAGCGAGGCCUCUCCAUCCACCUCUGGGGCCUCAUGUAGUUCAGAUGUUCCCAAACCAGCUGUGCCAUCUUCCGCCACCAGAGGGAGUGACAGGACAGAUCCUCGGGACCAGCCCUGCAGCUCCAGCAGCUCCUCCUCCCAGAGUCCCGCACCGACCUCCCCAACACACAUGAAUGUGGAGGUGCAGAAAGAGGUUGAAAAAGAAUGCACAGCUGAAACCAGCCAAAACAGCAGCAUCGAAGAGGAUGAAUCCUCCCAGAGUCCCGCACCGAGCUCCCCAACACAGGUGGAAGUGCAGAAAGAGGAUGAAUCCUCUCAGAGUCCUGCACCGAGCUCCCCAACACAGGUGGAAGUGCAGAAGGAGCCCAAAAAGGAUUGCACAGCUGAAACCAGCCAAAACGCUAGUAGCGAAGAGGAUAAAGCACAGGUUGAGCCCACAGAAGCACCAAGUGCCCCAGCCGAGAGCAGUCAGGCACAGGAAAAGGUGGAGGGGCCGCUGGAUCUGCUUUCUGUGAGUGGGCCGGAGCAGCUGGAGGCUUUGGGUCUGGAGCGGCUGAAGAAAGAGCUGAUGGAACGAGGGAUGAAGUGUGGAGGAACGUUGCAGGAACGGGCUGCACGUCUGUUCUCCGUCAAAGGACUAAGUUUAGAUCAGAUUGACCCUGCGCUCUUGGCCAAACCCGCCAAGGGCAAGAAGAAAUAACUUGCAUUUCUUAAUUCACAGUGUUUUUGACCUGUUUUGCUUUAAUUGUGUUUGGCAUGUUUUUUUUUGUUUUUUGUUUUUAAUUUAUAAAAAUCACCUAAUUUUGAAAAAUCCUCAUUUUGGGACAAUAAUGAGUGCUAUUUUUUUCUUCAAAUUGGAAUGACAUUACUGGUCAGAUGUAGAAAACAUUUAGUUUUCUUUAACCCACAAUAUAUGGCAUUUUAUUUGGUUUUUUUUUUUAAUUAUUAUUAUUAUUUUGGUCUGUUAGUAAAACAUGCCAAGUUACAAAAGGUAAAACUCAGGUUAACUUUUUUUGUAAUCUGUACAAUAAUUUCUUUAUGAUAAUUUAGUCAUUGUAAAUAGCUACUUUGAUUUAUACAGAGAUAUUCUGUCAAUCAGUCAUGUAUUCAUCUAUUUUCCAACAGCUACCAAUCAGAUUGUUCACAUUGCACAGUAUUUGAUUGUAUAUGUGAUCUGGUUCAUUUUUCUCUUGACUUUAUGGUUGAGUAAAAUAUUGUUGCACAA